CUCGCGCUGCCUCCAGUGCCCAGCGGCGGCGGGAGGGGGCAGCUCCCCUAGGGCUGGAGGGAAACUGGCCACAUAUUUCCCUGUAACGCCCGCCCUAAAGCGCAGCUCUGCUGAGAGACGGGCGGUCGCUGGCGCGCUGAGGUUCCGAAUCUGCUCAGCUGACAAGUCAGCAGGCGGCUUGGCUAAUUGCCAGCCCUGCAGACUCGCUCGGGUCUGAGAACCAAGCCGGGCUCUUUCCUGCCUUUUCCUCUUCCCCAGUCAUACAGAUCCUGCAGCUCCUGCGCUUGCUGACUGUUGUGGUGGGUUUUACUCAGGUUUCUAGGUGUUCAAAGAUGGCGGAAAGACCAGAGGACUUGAACUUGCCCAAUGCUGUCAUCACUCGGAUAAUUAAAGAAGCACUUCCUGAUGGAGUAAACAUUUCCAAAGAAGCUCGGAGUGCAAUAUCUCGAGCUGCAAGUGUGUUUGUGUUGUAUGCAACAUCAUGUGCAAAUAACUUUGCAGUGAAAGGGAAGAGGAAAACACUGAAUGCUGGAGAUGUCCUCUCAGCCAUGGAGGAAAUGGAGUUCCAGAGAUUCAUAGCCCCUUUAAAGGAAUCAUUGGAAGUUUACAGGCGUGAGCAAAAAGGCAAGAAAGAAGCAAGGAAAGACAAAGACAAGAAGGCAGACUCUGAAGAACAAGACAAGAGCAGGGAGGAGGAGAAUGAUGAUGAUGAUGAACGGAUGGAGGAGGAGGAACAAAAUGAUGAUGAAGAGGUGGAUAACUGAGCUUCCUGGAGAGACAGACAUGCACAUGGGCCUGGGCUCUCUUCCUAGGGAUAUAAAUAAUGUAAAUCAACCUUCUUGUGUCCUCUUGUUUUCCAGUUUCCAGCAAAGCUUCAUGUUCCUCUGGGGCCCAUCACUCCUGGCUUUAAUUCUCAGAUGUAGGUGGGCACCCUGAUCAGACUGACACAGCUUCUGUAGUGGAAAGGCCACGUCUUCCCCAGAUUCUGAAAAGCUAUUGAUUGAUAUACAUGACUGGUCUUUAAUACUGGAUUUGCUCUGUGAUGCAAAACGGAAUUUCAGAGAUUCCAACAGAGAGAGCUGUGCAGGAGAAUCUACAGAAAAGUGUUGAAUAAGUUUGUUUUUGCUAACUAGGUCUGAGUUUGAAUUUAAUAGGCCCUAGGUUCCAUGUAAUAUGUUAAAGAGGUGCCAUAAUGGUUUAGAAUGCUGCGCACAUGAAGGUUUUGUAUAAGGUGGGGAUUGAGGUUGUCUUAGCUGGAUCCUUUCAUUCUGAUCGUGCCUUCUCUUUCCAAAGUGACUGACAGUCCCAGUAGGCAAUACUACUGUACAAGGAUCAGCUCUCCACAGGACUCACUCUUCUGCUCAGGAUCAGUCACAUUCAAAGGACUGUACUGUGCUUCUGUAACAUAACUUAAUACCAUAAGUGCUUAUUUUUGUUUUUAAAAAAUACUGAGAGCCUGGCAGGGUUUUUAUAAAAAUACCUGCAAGAAAAGUAACUGCUAGGAAAGCUUAAUUGUGUCCCAACAGUGAUGCUGGGGGAAGGUUUGGAUUGAGUUGCUGGCAAACUAUUUCCCAAGGUAAUGUGGAUCGGGCCUAUGGAAGUUUAAAGGAAGCAUCAUCCCAAUCUAACUGUUUUUCUUAUUUCCUUUCUGUACUUGAGGUCUUGCUCCUGAACAUCUUCCCCAUUUACAUGUGGAGAAGGUAGUUCCUGGGAGGAGCUCAUCCUUCAGUAACCUAGUUCUGUGUGGUCUUUAAAGAAGAACUUAACUCAACUAUUUGACCUAAACUAAAAUCUGACAACGGAAAGUUGGAAAAAUUUGAAAUAAGUUUAAAAUUGUUAAAAAUUCACCACCUCUGUUGAUCUGCCAGUUAAAACAUGAGUGAGUGCUUGUAUGAAGCAGCACAACUUUUUUACACUUCUGCUGGAGCAACACACACACUUCAAACGUUGCAGGAGCUAUGCUGCCCUCACAUUGCUAGGGCUGUGAUAACUCCUACAUGCAGAUCCCAGGUGGAGGAAGUCACUAUCUGACAAUCAGCAAAGAUCUGUUCAGCUGUUGCAGGACUACACAUUAAAAACAACUGAAGGUGUGAUUGUUUCUGUAAAGGUGUUCAGUUAUACAAGGAGAUCAUCCUCACAGCUCUGUUUUUCUCUUGUAAUGCAUACUUGAGCUCCAUCUUCUCUUGGGAAGGAACAAUAUUUUAUUUAAAUAAAAGCCAAGUUCUCUGUGGAAA